AUGCAUUUUCGACAGCUUUCUGCCAUUGCGGCUUUUGCUGCCGGUGUAUCCGCUUGCCAGCGUGAUCUGAUCCUUAGCAAACGCCAUACCCACCGCCAGCCACUUACCAGGCGCAGCGAGACCGCUUGGCCCCCAGUCUUGACAGACCAAGAAACUGUUCUAGUUAAUGCCUUCGAUAACUCCUCCAUUGACGAGUGGUCUGACUACUACGGUCACCAGAACAAGCUCGCUGGCGAAGGCAAAGAGGCUGCUCAAUGGACUGCGGAUCAAUGGAGUGAGAAUGGCUUCGAGUCGCAUCUUGCUGAGUACCACGUCUUCCUUCGAUAUCCCGUGAGCUCGUCCUUGCACGUCACCAGCGCCAAUGGCACCACGAGUGAGGUCAACAUCAAGGAAGAUGUCCUCCCCGAAGACGACGUGACCAACCGCACUGAGAUAUCUCAACAAACCUUUUUGGCCUAUGCCCCAGGCGGCAAUGCUUCUGCCGAAUAUGUUUAUGUUGGACGAGGAUCAAUCGAUGACUUUGACAGACUAGUUGAGCUUGGUGUUGAGAUCGAGGGCAAAAUCGCACUGAUCAAAUACGGCGGUCUCUUCCGUGGUCUCAAGGUCAAGAAUGCCCAGGAUCAUGGCGCUAUUGGCGCUGUCAUCUUCCUCGACCCUGGUGACGAUGGAAACAUGACGAUUGCUAAGGGCGUUGAGGCUUAUCCAGACGGCCCUGCCAGAAACCCUAGUGCAGUUCAAAAGGGAUCAACCCUCUUCCUUUCUACUCGCACUGGCGAUCCCACAACUCCAGGUUACCCUUCCAAGAAAGACUCACCUCGUGCGGAUAUUUCUGAAGUCAUUGCCAAGAUCCCAGCUAUCCCUAUCUCAUACUCGGCCGCUGAGCCUCUGCUAAAGGCUCUCAACGGCCACGGUGUUUCAGCAGAACAAGUCAACCGCACUUCAUGGGUAGGCGGUCUUGAUUCUGAAUAUAGUUCUGGACCUGCUCCUGGAGUCAAGCUUUCGCUGAGCACUGAGACCCGUGACUCAAUCGAGCCUGUACACAAUGUCAUCGGUGUUAUCAAUGGAACCAAUGCGGAUGAGACAAUCAUCAUCGGUAACCAUCGUGAUACUUGGAUGGUUGGUGGCAACGGAGAUCCCAACUCUGGCUCUGCUAUCCUCAUCGAGCUUGCUCGCGCCUUCAAGAAGCUUACAGACUCUGGCUGGAAGCCCAAGCGCAACAUUGUCCUCGCUUCUUGGGAUGCUGAAGAAUGGGGCAUCAUUGGAUCUACCGAGUGGGUUGAAGAGCACGUCAACUGGCUCACCGACACAGCAGUCACUUAUCUCAACAUCGAUGUGGCUGUCAGUGGUCCCCGCCCAAACCUAGGUGCCUCGCCCGAGCUCAACACGUUCGCCACUGAAACUAUGAAGAAGAUCAUCCACCCCAACUUUGGCGGCUUCAACAAGUCCCUCUACGACGCUUGGCACGAUGCCAGCGAGGGCGACAUCGAGGUCUUGGGCAGUGGAUCUGACUAUACAGCUUUUUUCCAUCGUGGUAUCAGCUCUCUCGAUACUGGAAGUGGUGGAGGUCCCACAGACCCCAUCUGGCACUACCACUCCAACUACGACUCGUACAACUGGAUGUCAACUCUUGGUGAUCCCGGUUUCCAUCUUCACGUUUCGCAAGGACAGUACCUGUCUCUUCUUGCAUAUCACCUGGCUACCGAUGAGAUCCUGCCCUUUGACACCCAGAACUACGCUAAGGAGCUUCGCGCCUAUUACGAAGACCUUGUAGAGUUCACCGAAGGGAAAGAUGCGGAUCUUGACCUCGAAGAGCUCGACGAGGCCAUUGAGACCUUCAAGAAGGCUGCUGAUGAAGCCAAGGCUUUGGAAGAGCGGGCCAGAGAGACUGACGACGAGGACCUCAAGAAGGUCGUCAACCACAAGUACCGUGACUUCCAGCGUGGAUUCAUCUCACAAGAUGGUCUUCCAAACCGUGACUUUUACAAGCACGUCGUCAAUGCUCCAGGUCUUGACACUGGUUAUGCCGCCGUCACCUUCCCCGGUAUCACUGAGGGAGUUAUGUAUGCCGACAACGGCAACUUUACUCUUGCGCAGGAGUGGGUUGGAAAGACUGCUCGCGGUAUUGUUGCUGCAGCAAACAUCCUCAAGACAUAG